AUGUCGUCAACCAACGCAACUUUCAACAGCCGUCAGAGCUAUGUGGCCAGGGAAGCACCUAACGGGGGCGCAUCCUCUUGCUGGCUUGGCGAUGUCGACAACGUCGACGUAAUGUCGAUUCUUACCGACCUCAUCAACAUGAACCACCCAGCUACCCUAAAUACGCGUAUAUCUGCUACUUCCAUCCUUCCGAGCAUUAUCUCCUCAUUGCCAUCUACACCGAUUCGAUCGUCAGCAACUGGAGGCACCUUCAGGCCUGCCACACUUGAAUCAAUCCACUCUCAUGCCCCAGAUUUUUCUCUCACCUCGACCUGCCGCGCUUCGACAUCAGCCAAAAGUCAACGCACGACUCCCGUGGCAUCUCCCACAACGAUCCCCCAGCAAUUCGCACCAAAUCCCCAGAGGCAUAGGUUUUCGCGCCGGCAAACCACCCACCAACACUCCCCCCUGUCUUCCAAAAUCCAGCCGCGGACUACUACCUCUAUCCAAAGGAAGGCAUCAAGUCUGACUUCGAAGCAGCCCGACAGGAGGAGAUCCCGUACCUACUGGCCUGUUUGGUACCAAAAACAGCGCCGGCGGGAACGCAAAGAGGCCGCACGCAACAUGAAGUUAGACGAACAGCGGCGGUUGGAGUUGAUGGAACUUUGGGAGGACGAGUUCUUCCAGAUCUUGAUGUAUCUUUUAACGGAGCAUCUGAAGAGGGCAGUUCUUGCACUGGCGCUGGAGCUCCGGAGGGAGAUGGAACGAUUGGACGAGAUGGAGAACUCACAUGCAAGUUGA